UAUCGCAGUGCCAGAAAAAGCAAAUGGUAUUCUCGUGAUUCCCUCGCAAAAUAAAUCCCAUCCUUUUCCUCUUUGUCCUUCCCUUCUUCCUCUCUCUCUCUAUAGAGAAAGAGAGCGCUCCUCUCCUCUUCCCAUCAUAAACGAAUAGAUUCGGUUCUGGAGAUCAACCUCCGAUUUUCUCUCUGGCAAUUGAUAUUUUUGUCGCAAUCGUCUCAGAUCUUUCUUCCUGAAGCUGCCCGCCGAUUCCUUUUUCGGAAUUCCUGCCCUCAUCUGUACAUACAAAUCGCCUGAGCUUUUCUCGCAUUCUUGGUUGAUUUCGUCGUCCAAUUGCACUAGUGGACGCUAUUCUUUCUCUUCGGAAUGACGCAAUAGAUUCCUGCGAAGGCUAGAGGUAAUACAGUUUCGAUCUGUGAUCUCUUUCAAGCCUUCUAGGGGAUUUUUUUUUUUUAAAAAAAAAAAAUAGUGGAUCUGUUGAUUUAGAGCGCAAAAUGAGCGAUUUUGCUUCGUUUUGGUAGAUGAGUUGCUUCAUGUCGUAGGGAAGAGGGUAAGAGAGAGAGAGAGGGAGGAGGGGAAUGUUGGGAUGGAGGAUCCAUCUAUGUACAGUCACAGUCCGGCCCAUCUCGCCGUAUUACGAAGAGACCAUGCAGGCCUCAAGCGGAUCGUCGCCGCACUCCCUCGCCUCCCCAAGGCUGGGGAGGUCACCACUGAGGAGGAAUCCCUUGCUGGCGAGCUCACAGCCGAUUCUGUCUCCGCGACCAUUGACCGUCGUGAUGUUCCCCAUAGGGAGACCCCUCUUCACCUUGCUGUCCGGCUUCGUGACCCUAUCUCUGCUAAGAUUCUCAUGUCAGCUGGCGCUGAUUGGUCGCUUCAGAACGAGAAUGGCUGGUCUGCGCUCCAGGAGGCUGUUUGCAUCCGUGAGGAUUCAAUUGCCUUGAUCAUUGCUCGCCACUACCAACCCCUUGCUUGGGCUAAGUGGUGCCGUCGUCUCCCUCGCAUUGUUUCAUCCAUUGCACGGAUCCAGGAUUUCUAUAUGGAGAUCACAUUCAACUUUGAGAGCUCAGUUAUCCCAUUUAUUGGAAGGAUUGCACCAUCUGAUACUUAUCGAAUAUGGAAACGAGGUUCAAAUCUCAGAGCUGAUAUGACAUUGGCAGGGUUUGAUGGAUUCCGAAUCCAGCGAGCUGACCAGACAUUCCUCUUCCUUGGUCAGGGUGCUCCUGCUGAGAGUGGGCAUCCACAGCUGCCUGUUGGGUCUCUAAUUGUGCUUGCUCAUAAAGAGAAAGAGAUCACAAAUGCACUUGAAGGAGCUGGAGCCAAGCCCACAGAAGCAGAGGUGGCUCGUGAGGUUGCUUUGAUGUCUCAGACAAAUAUGUACAGGCCAGGAAUUGACGUUACACAAGCUGAGCUCAUCCCUCAUCUGAAUUGGCGGCGACAUGAUAAAUCUGAAAUGGUUGGGAAUUGGAAAAGUAAGGUCUAUGAUAUGCUGAAUGUGAUGGUGAGUGUCAAGUCAAGACGGGUCCCUGGUGCUAUGACUGAUGAGGAGUUAUUCAACAUGGACAAUGAUGAAAGGAGGGCCAAUGGUGGAGAUGUUGACGGGGAGCUCGAUGAAAUAUUGACACCAGAGGAGAGGGUGCAGUUGGAUUCAGCACUUCAGAUCAGUAAUUCUCAGGGUUUUGAUGAAUUGGAAGGAAAUAAUGGGACACAUGAAAGUAUAGUAAACUCUGAAUCAAGUGGUGUUCCCAAGGAAAAGAAAAACUGGUCAGUAUGGAGUAACAAAAGAACUUUGAAGAAUAAUGGAGUUGAAGAUACAGAUGACACAAAAAAUUUCCAUUCAAAAUUUCCUGAUAAUGGACAUCAUAAAGACAAAUUAACAAAAGAAAAAACGGAUGCUAAGAAGGGGAAUGAAAAAAGCACAAAGAAGAAGAGUGGUCACAGUGAAUCUAGCAAACAUGAAAGUGAAUUCAAGAAAGGUUUGAGACCAAUUUUGUGGUUGACUCCUGAUUUCCCUUUGAAGACGGAUGAGCUUCUUCCUUUACUUGAUGUCUUAGCUAACAAGGUCAAGGCUGUGAGGAGGCUCAGGGAGCUUUUAACCACAAAGCUGCCUCAAGGCACAUUUCCAGUUAAGUUGGCCAUUCCAAUCGUCCCUACUAUCCGGGUCCUCAUCACCUUCACUAAAUUUGAAGAGCUACAACAAUCUGAUGAAUUUUCAACCCCUCCUUCCAGCCCCACUCAUUUCCAGGAAAACAAAGUCAAGGAAACAGAAGAAUCAGGUUCCUGGUAUUCAUGGAUGAGAGAAUAUACCUGGAUUGACGCAAAGGAAAAGAAACGUCGACGGAAGUCCAAGAAGGGAGGAAAGAGCAAGCAAGGUGCCGGUAGAAAUCAAUCCUCAAAAACUACAGAUGAUUACCAACUGAUGGAUGGUUUCGUAUAGCAAAUUGAGUGUUGUACAUCAGGUAAGUUAGGUGAUUUAACAAGGAACUGAUAUGCAUCCAUAAUUUCAUGUUCAUUUCUAUUUUUCUGAGAGGUGAUGGACUUGGUGACGUGCUUUUGUAGUUCCAGUUUUCCACUAGUAAUCGGCAAUAUUAUGUUUAUUGGAACAAUCGUAGGCAAUAUAUUCAGCACAUAAUGACUACGGUUAGAAAUUUAUGUCGCAGAAUUCCUUUUCUCUA